AUGAUUCUUCUUAGGGUAAAAUACUCCUCUUAUUUUGAUAAUUAAUACUUAGACUCAUUCUUUGAUGAUGCCAAGAAUGGUCUACUUAAAGAUUUAGUAGACUUUUAAAACAGAGAUGAUUUUGACUCCUACAUGAAAUCACUAGAGAAGAAUUACUAUAAUAAGUUGAAUUUAGUUUAACCACCUUAUGAAGUAUUGCCAGAUUACCCCCCAAAACCUUACUAAUCACAAAAAAAGAAGAAGAAUCAAUAAGAGACAAAAGACUUCAUUGAUAAGGUCAAUGAGAUUAAUUAAAAAAGAUAGUAAGCGUUUUCAUACUAAGCUUUUCAAAAACAACAACCCACCCCUCAAUAACAAUUCUAUUAGCCUCCUCAAAAUAACUCUUUAAGUCAUCUAGUCAAUCCUUACUUUGAUCAAAUUGUAAACAAAGAAAAUUCUAUGGUUUAAAAUCCAUACCCUGGGCCAUAAUUUACACCCUAGGCUUAAUAUCAAGCACAUCCACCAACCUUAACAAACCAUAAUAUGUCAUAUCAUGGAGGACUGCCCUAAAAUAAUCAAGUGAAUAACGUGCUUGGUUAAUAUAUGGAACCACUAGCUCUUUAAUAGUAAUAACCUCCAUACCUUCAAAGAUUUGUUGCUGGUCCAUUAAGGUUAGAAUCUAAUCCACUAAGUGAGCCUUUAAGAAAUUUUAAAACUCAAAGUCCUCAGAGACUUUAAACUAAUACUCCUCAAGAUUUCGAUUUAAAGAAUCCAGAUGUUCAGUAUGAACGCUAUAAAUCACUCAUGCAAAAUCAAUAUUAUAAUACCAAUGUGAAUUCAGGGAGAACUGGUUUUAACAUCACGGGAGCUCAUACUGUUUAUCAUCCACCACCACCUUUCAAUAAUACAAAUCCAUAAUAGUAGAUGCAGUAAAAUGAUCCUAAUAUUGCAACAUUUAAUCCAAACGCCAUCUAAAAUCAAAAUAUGCAAGCUUCGUAAAAUCAAUUACCACCACAUAUAAUUGGAAAUAUGUAUCCACAAACUUAGCAAAUAUAUCAUCAACCAGUCUCACUUUAUCAGCAAUAACCAGGUCAAAUGCACUAGCAAAUGCAAGGCUAAGGAAUACCACCAGGACUCCCUCCACUCCCAGGCUACCCUGACUUUUAUAGAGGGUUAACAUUGAAUAAUUAGGUCAGCAAUAAUAUUAUUGAUAGUAUUGGUGGAAUAGAAAACACUUUAAAACCACUAGAAGAUACUUUAAGAUAACAUGAAUUAAGACCAUUUUAGAUUUAAAGAGAUUAUAAGAAGGAAUACUAGUACAGUCAAAGAGGUAAGAGUCUGAAGAGAUCUUUAUCUGAACAUGGAGAAAUUAAGCCUGAGACUCUUCAUCUUGUUUCAGUUUCACCCUUUAGAGCUGUAGUGAAGAUAGAUAAGAGUAAAGAAGUUUAAAACUAAGGCUAUCUAAAUAGAAAUCAUGAGGAUGAGUAAUCUAGCAGUGAUGAGGAAGAAGCUCAAGUUUAAUAAAAUUCUUUCAACAAUAACUUUCAAAGAUAAGAGUAGAGAUCACAACUGAUAAGGGCAGAUUCUCAAACUUUAAGAGGGCAAAGAGAGGAUUUCUUAGGAAGCUUUGUAGAUAAAAGAUCGCAUAAUAACUCAAUAUACGAAACAGGUGUUGCUGAGAGAAGCUUCCAAAAUCAAAACAAUGCCAAUAAUUACAACAACUAGUAGUUGGGAUUAUAAUAAACAAGAGAUAGCAGCUAGCAAAGAAUAAAAACUCAUUCAGAGUAUCUCAGGGGAUAAAGAGAACAAUUCUUGAACGGUUUUUCACUCCCACCUAAUGGCAUUAAGUGA